AUGUUCAGAGUCCCAACUACAGGAGAUGCACUUUCUGAGACAAGAUACGCUGUAACGCAGUGUGUGUAUAUAUAUAUCAACAGAGAUGUACAGCAUGCCCUGGAGAAGGAUCUUUCUGACAAAAACUCAGCCUAUUUUAUUGAUGAGAAGUGCUUUAACCUGAGGAACACAUUGGGCAGCAUCAACUUUUACCAUGGAGUGGAAAAUGCAGCAGAGACAGUUUCAGUUCCUGCAACAAGUUCCUGGGCUAAAUUCAGUGGAGACAACAUCAGGUGCUCUCAAUAUGCAGGGGCCAACUCUGUCCUGCCCUGAAAGGAUGCAGAGGCUGGACUGGAGUGCACAUCUGAGGAGAUGUGGAAUCAUUUAUUCAGCAUUAACUUAGCCUUUAAUAAUCAUGUUGCUGAAGUAUCUGAUGCAAAGAACAAACUCCAAGCACAACUGGCCUAGAUGCUUCAGGAAAUCUUCCAGACAGAAGCUACAAUCGUGUUACUGGAGAUGCUAAAGACAAAGGAGAACCCACUGGAAGUGACUCAGACCUGCCUGCAGGGAAGAAUGAAAUGACCCAAUAAUGCACUUUGCUGUGAUGCAUCUCAGUUUCAACUGGCCACUGAAGUUUACACUAUAGAUAACAUCAUACAGGCCUUCAAGUGAUGUCUGCAAGAAGCACAUGACACUCUGCAGAUAUUGAUCCUCCACAAAUCAAUGCCAGAAGACAACAUUUCUGUGAAGGCAAACUCCCUCUUCAUUGACAAGAAGUGUACAGGAACAUGA